ACCUCAGUAAACACUGAUGUGACAGAGUUGUACACACUACCGCAGCCGGUAAAAAGCCGUUUAUUAUCGGGCUUUGGAGCCUUUCAUCCCUGACACGCUAACAAAGAUCAUGCCCACGCGGUGGUAAAUAACCACGCGCUGCUAUUAGCUGCCUCCUCAGCCGGCUGAAGGAGGGACAGGACGGACAGUCGUAGAUGGAGCGGCCGGGCAAGCUGCUGCUGCUCUCCGAGCUCCAGGUCAGAAACGUCGCGUACGAUGUGAGCCUGAGCCGGUUCCAUCUCACCUGGAAGAGACGGAUUUCCAGUCCCGUGUACCACCCGUUUAGACCCAGUUUGUAUCACAAUGUGCUGGUGUCCGAGAUCAUCUCUGUCAGAGAGGAAGAGGAGGAUCCAAGCAAUAGGCGAGGAGACGAGGGCAGCUGCAUGAAGUUCAAAGAGGGAGAAGGAAAGGUGUGCAGGCACGCCUUCACAGUGUUGUAUGUGGAGAGAUGUCGGCAGCACCGCUGGCAGUUUGCAGAGGUCACCUUCAUGUGUCCAGAGAGGGCGCUGUGUCAACACUGGGUCAGCAGCAUCACAGAGCAGCUCAACACUAUCACCAGCAGACCCAAACAUCUGCUCGUCUACAUCAACCCAUAUGGCGGGAAGCGGCAAGGCAAGCGUAUCUACGAGCAGAAGGUUGCCCAACUGUUUGAUAAGGCUGGCAUCUCCACGGAUGUCAUUGUAACGCAGUAUGCCAAUCAUGCCAGGGAUCACUUGAGGACGGAAGCAGAGCUGAGAAAGUUUGACGGUGUGGUGUGUGUCGGGGGUGAUGGCAUGUUCAGUGAGAUCAUCCACGGGCUGAUCUGGAGGACUCAGAUUGAUGGUGGCAUCGAUCCCAAUGGUCCGGAUGAAAUUCUCCGUCCCUGUCUUCUUCGCAUCGGAAUCAUUCCUGCAGGUUCUACAGACUGUGUUUGCUUUGCCACGGUGGGCACCAAGGACCCCGUGACCUCUGCACUACACAUCAUAGUGGGUGACUCUCAGCCAAUUGACGUGUGUUCAGUUCACCACAACGACUCCUUCCUGCGUUAUUCAGUUUCUCUUCUGGGAUAUGGUUUCUAUGGUGAUGUGCUAACUGACAGUGAGCGGAAGAGAUGGAUGGGUCCAUCCAGAUACGACUUGUCAGGUGUGAAAACGUUCCUGGCUCAUCGUUCUUAUGAAGGAACAGUGUCUUACUUACCAGCCAGAGACGUCAAAGGAACACCGAGGGACGUCACCAGGUGUCUCUCAGGCUGUGUGGUUUGUCAGCACAAUGGGAAGCUGCUUUCAGAGCAAUCGGCCCGGUGUAAGAUGGAUGAAGCGUCACAGAGUGGGGUUGAUGGUGAAUGGAGGACGAUCCAUGGGAAGUUCUUGGCUGUGAACGCUGCCAGUAUGAGCUGCGCUUGUCCUCGCAGUCCUAAAGGCCUCUCCCCUGCUGCUCAUUUGGCCGACGGCACCACAGACCUCAUCCUGGUCCGGAAAUGUUCCCGCUUCAAUUUUCUCAGACACCUCCUGCGACACACCAGCAAAGACGACCAGUUUGACCUGGCUUUUGUUGAAGUGCACCGGGUGAGACGUUUCCGCUUCAUGCCACGUCACCGUCAGAGCGACUCUGACCUUCAGCUGCAAGAAACGGGCAAACGCCAGACCCUCAGCCAGAUCUGCCGAGAACCCCCCGCGUGUGGCUGCGCUCCUGCCUACAGCAGCUGGAACUGCGACGGCGAGAUCCUGAGCGACACAGCCAUCGAUGUCAGAGUUCACAGCCAGUUAGUCAAGCUGUUUGCACGAGGGAUCGAAGAACUCGCAGUGUUUGAGGAUCUCAACAACCCCUGUACACUAUAAACAUUAUUCACUCUCAGGCCACGCGGGUGGUGUAGUGGUUAGCACUCCUGCCUUUGCAGCAAGAAGACCCGGGUUUGAGCCCUGUGUGUGUGUGGGUUCUCUCCAGGUUCUCCUGCUUCCUCCCACAGUCCAAACACAUGCAUUGUUCCCUCUCUGUUUCCAGCAGCAGGAGUCCAGAGGAUUCAUGUGACACACUGUUACUCUCUGGGUUUGUUGUUGUUUUAGUUUUAGUUUAUUUUUGUUUAAAUUACACCUGAAGAGAUUUGAGUAUAUUUCUUGAAAGUAGCAGCUAUUUCUAUGAAAUCAACAAAAACAUUGUUUGGUGAGUGCUUUGCUUUGAUAUUGAACUGAGAUCUGUAGAGUUUGACGGUCUUUAGAAUCCUGAGAUCAUUGAUGGAUCUCAGAUGUUAGAGCUGGAUUCUGUAGAACGGUCAGAUUUUAAUCCUAAAUCUACUCCUUCUUUGUUUUUGCUUUCCUUUUAGCCAGGACUUGUUUUGAGUAAUGCUGGUUUAUUAUAGUUUAUUAUAGUUUAUUAUAGUGAUCAGAUAUGCUUACAAAUCUGGUCUCGGUCUUGGUCUCGCCUGUGUGAUAGAGAUUACAUCAAAGACGACAUGUUAAUUAUUAUCAAUAGCACCAUCUCAAUUUAUUUGAUUUGUUUUUCCUUGUUUUCAUCACAGCUUGACAAAUGCUUUGGUUGGCUACUGUUACUGAAACGUUCAUAUGAAGUCAGCCCCUGUUUAGAUUUGAAAUUUAAGCUCAUUUCACUGAUGUGUCUUUGCCUUUUUUUCAAAUAUGAAUCACGGAUCAUGUCGGAGGAUUUGAAUUAAAAAAAGAAAUGCUCCGUUUGGGAGGAAGUCGUGCUACAAUGCUACAACCGCAGCUCUGUUUUGUUGGGGUUUUUGUGAUGAUCAGGUCCAGAAUGAGAUGUUUUAUGUAUAUGAGAAGCCCAAUAAUCCAAAUCCAGCAUCUAUCUUACAUCUCUGAAGGAUGGACUUAUUCUCAGGACUUUCCCACACCACACAAAAAAAACGAGAAAUAUCCUGAUCAAUGGUCUUAAAAAAGCUCUUAGAUAAGAAAAGAGAAGACAUUGGAAUAAGAACAGGAACCUGGGCAGGACAGUCAUUUGAACUCUAUUCAUUUUUCCUAUAAGCAAUAAAGGCAAACUCAGACUUGAUUUUAGCUAUUAACGACGUGAAUUUAGCAGUUAAUGAUAGUUACAUUGAUUCUUUCAGAGGUUGAGAUUGUGACGUCGUUUUGAUCAAUAUUCAAUUUACAGUGGAGAUUGUGACACAGGAAGUGUGGGAACAACAGUUUAAAAAGACUGUUUGUCAUGUGAUUACAUGCUGGUUCACUCGUUCAUAUAGUGAAGCUAUUCUGCAUCUAAGUGUGUCAGUGCAGGUCGGCUCUUGGGCCUGAGUGCUCUUGUCAUUUAUGGGAUAUUUAGUGGUGCAGUAUAUAGUUCUGUGCUUUAAUAACCACGUGUUUUUGAAGUUCUGAACAAAGUCAUUUUCAUAGCAGAUGAUAUUAUUUUGCCUGCUGACGUGUGUGUGUGUGUGUGUGUGUGUGUGAGACAUUGUCCUGAGAUCACGGUGAGGAGGCGGAGUGUAGCUUGGGUUGUAACAUUGUGGCUUUGACUCGUCUGAACUGAUCUACACUGCAAACCUUUGACACUUUUUAAUUGUUUAAUUUAUAUUCUGGAAUAAAAGAAAAACCCAGUCUGUUUCUUGUAAGGAUACCAGACACUGUUCUGGGACUGAAUCACACCGGCUGGAGUUGUGUUGAUGUUUGUACUGGUUUUCAGGAAGAUAUCAUUCUUUUUUGUUUUUUUACAUAUUUAAAAAAUAUGUCAAGAUCUCAAAAUGUAAUUAUUCACAAUAGAGUUUGUGUGAAUCUUUGAUUUGAUGUGCACACAAAAGCAAGCACAGGAAAUCCUCAGAGCAGUUCACACUUUAACUCCAUGUCAUCAUAAUGUAACAUUUGAUUGUAUUGUGUUAUUGAUUUUACAUUUUGUGAAUGUUAGUUGUGUCAAAACCAAGUUUCAUUCAGUUGCUCACAAACUCUGAGAGGUUUGUAGCCUGUUGUUUACCUCGUUCAUUAAUAAAAUCCCCAUGUAGCAGCA